AGAAGCUGCCGCUAGUAAGUCAGAGGAAGGAGGAUCGAGAGGGAGGAGGCUUCAGUUGCAGCCAUGCUGAAUCACUGUUGCUGAUCAGAUCUCCCGCUAGUCUGCUGGGAAAACCGCGAACAGAGCUAGGAUCCCGGGUGCACGCACAGUUCAGCAGCUGCCACCCCUGCUGGGCCUCACACAAUGGAGGGUGAAAGCAUCAAGCUGAGCUCCCAGUCCCUGAUACAGGCUGGGGAUGAUGAGAAGAACCAGAGGAUGAUCACUGUCAACCCUGCCCACAUGGGGAAGGCAUUCAAGGUUAUGAAUGAACUGCGGAGUAAACAGCUGUUGUGUGACGUGAUGAUUGUGGCAGAAGAUGUCGAAAUAGAAGCCCACCGUGUGGUCCUGGCAGCCUGCAGCCCCUACUUCUGUGCGAUGUUCACAGGUGACAUGUCUGAGAGUAAAGCCAAGAAGAUCGAAAUUAAGGAUGUGGACGGGCAGACGCUGAGUAAGCUCAUCGACUAUAUCUACACUGCUGAAAUUGAGGUGACGGAAGAGAACGUCCAGGUGCUGCUCCCGGCAGCCAGCUUGCUGCAGCUCAUGGAUGUUCGGCAGAACUGCUGUGAUUUCCUGCAGUCUCAGUUGCAUCCCACCAACUGCCUGGGCAUCCGCGCCUUUGCAGACGUGCACACCUGCACUGACCUUCUGCAGCAGGCCAAUGCCUACGCAGAGCAGCACUUUCCAGAGGUGAUGUUGGGGGAAGAAUUUCUUAGCCUAAGUCUGGACCAGGUGUGCAGCUUGAUAUCCAGUGAUAAGCUGACGGUUUCUUCGGAAGAGAAGGUGUUCGAAGCUGUGAUUUCAUGGAUCAAUUACGAGAAAGAAACCCGUUUAGAGCAUAUGGCAAAGCUGAUGGAACAUGUACGACUCCCUCUCUUACCUAGGGAUUACCUAGUUCAGACGGUUGAAGAAGAAGCUUUGAUAAAGAAUAACAACACCUGUAAGGACUUCCUCAUCGAGGCCAUGAAAUACCAUUUGCUCCCUCUGGAUCAGAGGCUCUUGAUUAAGAACCCAAGGACCAAGCCCAGGACUCCCGUCAGCCUUCCCAAGGUCAUGAUUGUGGUUGGCGGCCAGGCGCCCAAGGCCAUCCGCAGUGUGGAGUGCUACGAUUUUGAGGAGGACCGGUGGGACCAGAUUGCCGAGCUUCCGUCCAGGAGAUGCAGAGCAGGUGUGGUGUUCAUGGCCGGCCACGUGUAUGCCGUGGGCGGGUUUAACGGCUCGCUGCGGGUACGCACAGUGGACGUGUAUGAUGGCGUGAAGGACCAGUGGACAUCCAUCGCCAGCAUGCAGGAGCGCCGGAGCACGCUCGGCGCAGCGGUGCUCAAUGACUUGCUCUACGCCGUGGGAGGAUUUGAUGGCAGUACUGGCCUAGCGUCGGUGGAAGCCUACAGCUACAAGACCAACGAGUGGUUCUUUGUGGCCCCCAUGAACACGCGGCGGAGCAGUGUGGGUGUGGGCGUUGUGGAGGGGAAGCUGUAUGCCGUUGGGGGUUACGAUGGGGCUUCCCGCCAGUGCCUGAGCACCGUGGAGCAGUACAACCCGGCGACCAACGAGUGGACGUACGUGGCCGACAUGAGCACUCGCCGUAGUGGCGCAGGGGUUGGAGUGCUCAGCGGACAGCUGUAUGCCACAGGCGGGCAUGACGGGCCCCUGGUGAGGAAGAGUGUUGAGGUUUACGAUCCUGGAACAAACACCUGGAAGCAGGUGGCGGACAUGAACAUGUGCCGGCGCAAUGCAGGGGUGUGUGCGGUGAAUGGCCUCCUGUAUGUGGUUGGCGGGGACGACGGAUCCUGCAACUUGGCCUCGGUGGAGUACUACAACCCUGUCACCGACAAGUGGACGCUGCUGCCCACCAACAUGAGCACCGGGCGCAGCUAUGCAGGUGUUGCUGUAAUUCACAAGUCCUUAUGACCCAAACUCCCACUGCCCGGAGGUGGAGG